AUGAAGCGCGAGUUCAACCACGCUGCUGACUAUCUGACCUCGAAGAGUCUUGUCCAAGGUGAAUCCUGGACUGUUCAGGAUGACCUCGAGAGACGACAUCUGGAAGUAGUGUCCAAGAUCCGCGAGCAUCGGAAGGCAGUGGCGCUAGAGUUCACAGUGGAGACCCCAUGCGAGACACUAGUGAAGAAGAAGGCAAUUCAGGAACAAGACAUGGUCCUGGCCCUGAGUGUGCACCUCUAUCUUCUGCCGCCCGAGUCAUGGCGGUACUCACGCGAUGGUGGCGAAGUUCCGCUCGUGGGACCACUAGAAUUCCAGGCUGAGCGCUGGAGAAGGAUCAAGGUUCAUCGAGAGGGUGAUGAGUAUUUAGCAGAACUCAGAGCAUUCCUGAAUGGUGACCUAGAUAGAUUCUCACCCACACGCCUGCAGAAGAUCAGUAAGGUCGCAGAUCUGUUUGUGCUGGAUGAUCGAGGAAUAUUGUAUAGACUCCUGCACUCUGUCCGCGGAAGGCCACGGGAUGCUGUGGAUAAUCUGAGACUGGUAGUCCCGAACUCGCUUCGAGAAGACAUGUUGCACCAUGCGCACGAAGACUUUCAAGGUGAACAUCAAGGGAUCACCCGUACUCACGAGAAGCUACGUGCCGAAUUCUAUUGGACCGGAAUGAACGCGGACGUCCAACACUUCGUGAAAGAAUGUGUAGACUGUGCCAGCGGUCCCCCGAAUGCAGGGCCUUCUCCGGGGAAUAUUGAACCACGGUGCCCAUUUGAGGCGGUUUCUAUGGAAUUCGUGACUCACCUGCCAGAGUCCGCCAGAGGAAACACUUCCCUCUUGCUGCUUCAGGGCAGGUUUUCAGGUUACGUGAGGUGCAAACCCAUGUCGUCUACAACUGCUCAAGAUGUCUCUGAGGCUUAUGAGGAGCAAAUGUUCCAGGGAUUCGGGGCGUCUUCCAUGAUACGGGACGAUCAAGAUCCGCGGUUCAUGACCAAAGUAGCCGACAACGUGCUACACCCAGAUACCGCCCGCAAGCGAAUGGACAGCAGGGGAGAUCUGUACAAACCGUCAUUCGGAGUGUUCGAGCAUACGUCGCCGAGAUGGAUCUGUCCGACUGGGAUGAUCACGCUGAGCGACUGA